AGAUGGCGCCGCUGGCCGGAUGUGUGUGUCUCCCGCCCACCCUGGGCCGCCGGCGCAGCUGACGAGGCGGCGGCUCCACUCUAGGCCGGGCCCAGCCCCGGCGCAGUCACAGCGGCGCCGCCUCCUCCAGGCCCGGCCAUGUAGAGGCGGGCCCUGGCUGCUUCCCCCCCCCAUCCCGGAGACGUGACCGGCCCGUGAGGUAGCCAGCCCCGCGCGCGAGCGAGCGAGCCGGCGGCCGGGCGGAGGGUCCCGCCGCCGCCGCCGCCGCCAUGGAGGACAUUAACUCCAACGUGAACGCGGACGCGGAGGUGCGGAAGCUGCAGGAGCUGGUGAAGAAGCUGGAGAAGCAGAACGAGCAGCUCCGCAGCCGCUCCGGGCCCCCCGCCAGCCCCAAGCGCCUCCCCAGCGGCAGCGGCGCCGCCACCCCUUCCCCGCGGGGGGACCUGCCGCUGGGACUGGAGAGCCGCUGCCUUAGCCCCAGGGCCGGGGCCCGCCAGCCGCCCGCCGAGGAGACGCGAGGCGGGCCGGCGGCCGCAGCAGCCGGGGAAGGGGGCAGCUUCCUGGACGAAGUGGAGCCUCUGAGGCCGGACGAGCUGGAGCGCUUGGCCAGCUGCGAGGAGGACGAGACAGGCUGGUUAUAUACAUCACCAAAGAAGAAACUGACUCCAGUGCAGAAAUCUGUUAGUCCAUUAGUUUGGUGCAGGCAGGUACUUGAUUAUCCAAGUCCUGAUAUUGAAUGUGCUAAAAAAUCACUGAUCCACAGGCUUGAACAGAUAAUGUCAGUCCUCAAGAGACCAAGUUUGUACAGUAACCCUUUCAGUGCGGUCAGUUACACAAGCCCUUAUAGUCCAAAUGCUAGUAGCCCCUACAGCAGUGGUUUCAACUCGCCUUCCUCAACACCAGUGAAACCUCCUUUAGUGAAACAGCUCGUAUUUCCUGGUAGCUCAGGUCAUUUUAAGAGUUCAGCGGAUAGAAAUCCUUCACUAAGCCCACAGUCCUCUAUAGACAGUGAAUUAAGUGCUUCAGAAAUGGAUGAAGACUCUAUUGGAUCAAAUUACAAGCUAACUAAUGUCACAGAUGUGCAAAUUCUAGCUCGGAUGCAGGAGGAAAGUCUCCGGCAGGAGUAUGCAGCCACUACUUCUCGACGUAGUUCUGGUUCCUCUUGCAAUUCUACAAGACGGGGUACGUUUAGUGAUCAGGAACUUGAUGCACAGAGUUUAGAGGAUGAAGAAGAGAGUACACAUCAUGCAGUGCAUCCAGCUGUUAAGUUCUCACCAUCGCCACGCAACUCGCCGUGGCCUUCACCAAAGCAAUCUCCCAGGAAUUCUCCUCGUUCUCGAUCACCUGCUAGAGGCCUGGAAUAUAGCAGAGUGUCACCCCAGCCUAUGAUUAGCCGCUUACAGCAACCUCGUCUUUCGCUUCAAGGCCAUCCUACGGAUUUACAGACUAGCAAUGUCAAAAGUGAAGAAAAACUAAGGCGUAGUCUUCCAAACUUGUCCAGGACAUCUAACAUCCAUGCUGAGUCUGUGAAAAACAGCAGAAGUGAUUCAAAUUUUCAAGUGCCAAAUGGAGGAAUACCUCGCAUUCAACCUCAGGCCUCAGCCACUAUGCAAAGGCAGAAAAAAUUGCCUCGUGCUGCCUUCAAAACCAAACAGUUUCUUCAAACUCCAUCUACAAAAGGAGUACCAUCUCCAAGUAAAUUCCGCUCCCCUGCGGCACCAUCACCUCUGGCUCUCCGACAGCCAGUGAAAGCAUUUAGUAACCAUGGACCUGGUUCUGCUGCUGCUCCUCCAGAAGCUACACAACUGACACACAGCAGUUCUUCACCAGGGCCUCUUGCAGCUCAGAAUUCAGGCUCUCCAAGCCCUGCCAGCAGUAUCAAUAGUACUACUCUUACCAGACCAGCAGGGACAACAGGGGUGAGGAGUGGCUUGCCUAGACCAAGUGCCCCUUCUGCUGGGGGCAUACCAGUGCCUCGUAGCAAACUUGCACAGCCUGUUCGCAGAUCGUUACCGGCUCCUAAAAGCUAUGGCAACAUGAAAGACGAGAGUUGGAAAGAUGGCUGCUACUGAACUGCAAAGCUUAAAAAUGCAAAGUUCAAUAGUUAAUGGACACUCCUUCACCAAGCUAAAAGACAGCUUGAUAUGCAGACUGUUCAGAUGGUGACUUUCAGGAUUUGUAAAAUCCCAGACCUCUGUCUUUAAUUAGCACAAACUGGCAGAGAUUUUAAAGCAGCACUUUAAUGACAUUUAACAUCAUAUAUUUGGUGAUCAUACAAUCACUUUUACAUGGAAUCACUAUCAUUUCUAGGGUUUUUUGGUUUUUUUCUUGCUUGCUAAAAAUUGUCAAUUUGAGCAUUUAUGACAAUGGCCAAUGUUUGGACAAAAAACCUAACAAAUGCCAAAGAAAUGCCCAUCUUGAAAAACAGCAAGUAAAAUAGAAAACUCCAAUUGUUCAAAACUUCAUAUUGAGGCAUUUAAUUCGGCAGAAUGAUUCAUUGAUGAAUAUGUACUAUUUAAACAUUAGCAUGUUAAUCAGAGCCAACAUUCUGAUUGCGGAUCACUAUAGUGCUAAUGAAACACCUGCUUAAAACAAUUGUAGAAGGUUCUGGUUGGAAAAAGUGGUACAUAUAUCCUUCAGAAAGAAUCCAGCAGUUCUCUCUGGAGGUAUCCUAGAGUUGGUAAAUAGUAGUAAUGGCAUUGUUUUAUCAUUAAAGGUUUGGAUGUAGCAGACAUACACACAUUCAGAUACUGUAGGUUGCAUCCUUUUUGUUUGUUUGACAUAUCGGUUUUAUGUGCUCUUAUAUUUUGAUUGCCAAAAGGGCUUAGUAUCAGUUGUACAAUCGUUCUAAACCUUAUAGUUCCUGGCUCAGGAAAGAUGGCCUUUGCUAUAGUACCACACUUUUAGCACACUGCUCACUAUUUAGGGAAACCUUUUUUAUAGCAGGUUUCCUUAAAAAGGAAAGAGCAGCUAGUAGUAUCCAUUUGUUCUGAUAUCAUCACACCACAAUGCUUAUAGCCUGGAACACAACUGUAUAUGCUAAUAGUUAAUGAGAAGGAAAGACAACUAUGCACUUGUAACAUACAAAUUGUAAGGAAAUGAGUUGUAUUGUUGAUGCCAAAUGAUAUUCAUUUAAGUAAUAUUUCAUGGUAUGAGGAAGUUUUCUGUAUCCUACUUUUUACUUUUAUCCAUUUCUUAAAUUGGUUUAUUUUAAAUUGUAAAUAUUUUUGCAGAUGAUAUUGCCCAUGUUAGUGUUUUAACUAUGUACUUUGCCUUACAUAUCUGUAUCUUACCUUGUUUGGUGACAGAGUAUGAAAUCUGCUACAUAUGUUUACAAACUAUUAAAUUCCUCUAGUGGCUCUCAGACUUACCUAUUGACAUUUACAUUGUUUUCACCUAUUAGCAAUCUUGCUAACAUUUUACUCAGUGGAAAAAUUCUUUCUUACAAUUAACAUACAGACUGCUUUUUCUGUUCUAUUUUCGAAGAUUUGUAAUAUAAAGGUUUAAAACUAAAAAUGUGUUGGGAGGGUCAGUUAAACAGGGAGUACUGUUUUUUGCGUGUAGAAUUUUUCAGUACAAGAUUUCUGGAUGUGUAGUUUGCAGCAAUGGCUAACGUGAUGGUAUCUUUUGUACAAUGACUGGAGAACACUAAAAGCUUUACAUUGGAUUGGAUGGUAGGUAGCUUUUAACCCCAUUAGUACCAGCACUUUGAAGUGUAAGUGCAUUUUGACUCCCACCACUAAGAGGAUAAUUGAUCCUGGAAUUCCAGAGAACUCUGGACUUUGGAGCCAGUGUUAACAUUACUGGAUGAAAAGCCAUGCAACACUACUUGAGAUGGGAAAAGCCAAACAGAAAAUUUUAGGGACUAGACUGUAACUGUAACUACUCAAGCAGCUGCAAGCACAACUUGUAUCAAUAAUGAAAAGACUUCAUACCAUGGUGACUAAGAUCUCUCAAGUGUGACUACCCUCUGAAGUCAGGGCAUCAAAUAUACUGUAAUUCAGUAGGAAAACUGCAGCAGGGGUUAUAAAAGAGCUACCUUGCACUAUUCGACCAGUACAUGCUACUGAUCUAGCCUUCAGUCAUUUGCUGGCAUAGAAAACGUAUUCCGUUAGUGGUAUCUCAUGUAACUAGUAUGAGGAACAGAAGAUUGGAUCAAAACUAACCAGCCUCACUAACAAAGCCCAAACAUUGCUUUAAAAUGUUACAAAGCAAUGCUGCAGUCUUCAAUAAAAGAGAAGGAAUUUUAAUUGGUGAUUUUUAUUAUGAAAAUAUUGAAUUGACUUUUUUUAGUUUUGAAAAUCAGAAAAUUCAGAUGAAGAUAUUCAGGUUAAUUUUUUAAAUAAAGGCUGCAUCAGAGUAUUGUUCAUUGUUUAUUUUUUUAAAUUCCAGCAAUUACCUUCAUCACUUAUUGAAGGUAUGUUGUGCUUAAGUUACAUAAGCAUCCUUUUAUCUGCUGUUCUGCUCCCACAGAAAUAUAGCUAAUAAUUUCCUGAAAAGAGACAGUCUGUUUACUAGGAAGCCUUUGUGCAGUACCAGUUUCUCAAUAUCAGGAAAUCCUAGAUCUUUCUGUGUUUAGAGAUUCAGAUAUAUUGCGGAAGUGUGGAAAUAUGGAUUUGAUAAACUAGUGCCUAUGAUUUUACUUAAUUUAUGUUUGAUAUAGUAGUAAGGGUUUUAUGAAUGUGGAUUUUUUUUGUGCCAACAGCUUGGAAUUGUCAUAUGUAUGUAGGCAGAAAGACUUGAAUUCUGCUUCCAAAGUUAUUUAAUUUUUCUGUGUUUGAAUGUUUUUGUGUUAAUAAAAAUGUAAAAAUGGGAAAAAUAUAAAUAAUUCUUACCACAAAGCA